UGUGACAGUAAAGAAGUGGUACAUGCCACAGAAGGGCUGGAUUGGGAUGACAAAGAUGCACAAGGGACACUGGUGGGCAAUGUGGUGCACUCCAGGAUCAUCAGUCCUCUGCGCCUGUUUGUGAAACAGUCUCCAGUGCCCAAGCCGGGUUCCAUGACCUAUGCAGACAACAUGGAAAACUUUUGGGAUUGGCUGGCCAACAUCACGGAGAUUCAGGAGCCACUGGCAAGAACUAAACGACGGCCAAUCGUAAAAACAGGAAAAUUUAAGAAAAUGUUUGGAUGGGGUGACUUUCAUUCCAACAUUAAGACUGUCAAACUCAAUCUCCUCAUCACAGGGAAAAUUGUCGACCAUGGAAAUGGAACCUUCAGUGUUUAUUUCCGACAUAAUUCAACAGGUCUGGGCAAUGUUUCUGUGAGCUUGGUACCCCCCUCCAAGGUGGUAGAAUUUGAAGUUUCCCCCCAGUCUACCUUGGAGACAAAGGAAUCCAAAUCUUUCAAUUGUCGCAUUGAGUAUGAAAAAACAGAUCGGGCAAAGAAGACCGCCCUGUGCAACUUUGACCCAUCCAAGAUCUGCUACCAGGAGCAGACUCAGAGCCACGUGUCUUGGUUGUGCUCUAAGCCCUUCAAGGUCAUUUGCAUUUACAUUGCCUUUUACAGUGUCGACUAUAAACUUGUGCAAAAGGUCUGUCCUGACUACAACUACCAUAGUGAGACCCCAUACUUGUCUUCUGGCUGAUCUUGCCACAGUGAUGGAAACGAGGGCUAUAU